AUGCCUCGCUCCACUGGAGCCUGAUUUGAUCUGCAAGGAGCGGCACGCCCUAGUGCACCGCCACAACCUACCGGUCCACUACGACUAUCAAAUCCACGCUUUCGCAACGUUUCCCUCUUACACUCUAUCGCGCGCUCCACAAUCUGUAACUUGCGGGAUCCAAAAUGCCUUCAUCGACGAUGUGGACGACUGUCUUCCAGACCACCGCCAUGUACGCGGCUUGCCAAAUUCUCACCCACCAUGCAAGCGAAAACAUAUUCCAGGACGUUUGGGAGAAUCCGGCGGUGAUGAACCUCACAGCUAUCACCAAGAAUGUAACGGUGGCUAGCAAUACUACGAACACUAGCAAUGCUGUGGCCUCCAAAAGUGCUUUUCUUCCCACGGGUUUCAGCUAUGAGAAAGAUGGACUUCCGAUUGACCACGCCACGGCCGACCGCUUGAUCGAGGACGCUAUCAAGGAUAUGGGCAAAGGCAGCGACGAGCCCUCUGAGUUGUCGAUUAGGGUCACUUUAGAGAACGGCACAGUACUGAACAAGACUCUCUCUAUUCCGAAGGUGCAGAAGGAGCCGGAAGAGCAGAAGGAGCCGGAAGAGCAGAAGGAGCCGGAAGAGCAGAAGGAGCCGUUCUACACGAAGGAGCUGCCACUAGAGGUUGUUGCUUAUCUCUUCAUGUGCACGUUGCAGUACUGCUGGCUGUUGGCACUGGAGCGCGCACUACCCGCGCGGUCGCGGCGACGAGAUGUCGUUGUCAAAGAGAAGGACGAAAUGGACGAGGACCGCGAAGAGGAAGUGGUGAAGAAAUGGAUCGCGCAGGGACGCGUGCGGCGUGCCUCGCUCAACUGGUGCAAUACAUUGCUCAAGUGGAUACUGGGCUUGACGGUUGGGCGUGUGUGGUAUUAUGCGGUGCUGCAUGUUGUCCGCCGCUCGCUGAGACUGGGGUCGCCGAGGAAGACUUUGGAGAACAUGCUGGAGGUCGUCGCGAUCAACUAUGUGGGCUCUCUGGUUUACAUCACCCCUCUGGCUGAGCUCAUCGCGUUCGUUGCUGUACCGGCGUACAAACAAAUAUUGUUCGUGGCUGGUGCGGACCUGGCAUGUCACGUCUUUCUUGUGACGGUAGUAGGGAAGCUGGCUGGUUGGGCAGUGCAAACGGACUUUGCGCAGAGUAUGAUACGGAACAUGACCGAAGGCGUGGUGCAGGGCAGAGAGCGGGACGAGGCCUACAGAAUGUUCAAGAACGAACUGUGAGGGCGUGGUGAGAUAGGGUAGUGGCCUGCUUCUCGAGAAGCUGGUUCCUGCAAGCAUUGGGCUGUUCGUCGAUGGCUCGGCACCGACUGCUUCGGCAGGUGAUGCGCCAUCCAACUUCAUCAUGGCGGUGGCUGAUGGCAAUGUAAUCUAGUACGCACUGAAUACUGGCACAACUCAAUCUCGUAC